AUGGCCAGCAACUCCAGGACUUACGGCAAGAAGGGCAGCGGCCAGCGAAAGAGCUCGAUUCAUCCAUUAGUGAACAUGCAGGUUACGAACGACGCAUCCAUGACUGACUGUGGUUCUGAAAAUACGUUCAGACCAGAAGCGAGCUCUCCAGUUGUUGAAGAAUUCGAGACCAUAGCAGUGAGGCCAACAGAAGUGUUGGAUCUAGAAACCACAAGCACUGUCCAGCUGAAAUCAGUGGUUCUGCCUAUCAACCCAGACUUCCAGGUGCAGGCCGAAGAUCAAGCAAUAAGGCCUAGUUACAAUUAUGGUGCCAGACUUGAGAUGAGCUAUAGCUAUGUCGCUGCGGCCGCAUUCGAGGAAGAGAAGUUCGACAAGCAUUCAGCAGUGGACAUUGGAGAACCGGGUUACAAAUUGUCGGCUAUUAUGGCAUCCAUGCCUUUUGAGGUCCUCCGCUUGAUAAUCAAUAGCAACCUAUGCAAGGCUAUCCACGACGGGAAUCCCGAGUUGGCAAAAUACCAUUCAGAGGAUGCAGCGUGGCAGCAGAACUCGACCGGCACGAAUAAGUCGGCAGCGAUAUACAUCUGCCAUCUUGUCGACAAGGAACAUAAUGCACCCACGCCGCAGCAGUGCCGAAAGGUUAUCCAACGCCUUCGUAGGUAUAUCUCGGGCGACCCUGAAUAUUUCAAGGAUGCUGUUGCUUUGGACAAUGCCAGGAACCACCGCUCAAGCAUUGAAGAUAUACAGAAUGGUCGUCACCAUCAUCUACAAGGACUCAUCAAGCGCGUACAGCAGAUCAUCACCUUCUGCACCGCGUUGGAGAUGCGUCUGAGCGAACUAGAUCCAGAUCUGAUCGACGUUCCUCUCGAAAAGCCACUGAAAUAUGUUGGUUACAGCAUCAACGUUACAGCGCGAGGAGCUCAGCAUGACAAGGGGGGUACCAGCUGGUUCCAGCAGAUGGCGCUCGAUGCUUUUCGCCUUGAAGCGCCCGACGCAAAAUUCACGUUCGAAGGUUACACCGUCUGCUUCAUGGCCCAUCCACAUGAAGUCUCGGUUGCUGAGUCAUUGAUUGGCGUCAUCACUGGUAGCAUGAUCGAGACGGGCGGCGGCUUUGGUGUGUUCCAAGGUGGAGUGCAGACGACCAGCGCUCGAUUGCCUGGUUUGGACGACGCUGCACGUGCCGUUUUCUGGAAACAAUGCGACCACUGGCGUAACCAGAACACCCCGUACAACAAGAAUCUGGACUUCGACUACAAGCGAAUGAUGGAGACUGAGGAGGUUCAGACCCCCAUCGACGAAUUAGACCUUGAGUUGGAGGAACUAGAAAAGAUUUACGAUGAGCAGUGUGAGCAACUUGAAGCUCUCAAAGCUGAAGCGUUAAAGAUGAAUGAACAAAAGCGAGCCUUGAUUGCAUCUACUCGGGAGAAACUCAACAACCUUGAACAGAAUAUGACCGAUGGGUUCAAGAAAGCAGGAGUAUUGGACAUUAUACAGUAUCUGCGCGAGGAGACGGACGCUUCUGAGAAGCGGCUCGAUGAAGCCCACGGAGGCGCCUAG